CUCCGGGCCCCUGCGCCGCUCGCACGCUCGCUGGCUGGCUGGCUGGCUGGCUCGCUGGGGACAGACAGGAAUCGGAGCAGCACUGCCGCCUCUGGCGCGAAGGCUCAGGCGCCUCCUCCCGCCCCAGUCACUGUGGCUCGGUGCACGCUGCCGCCGGCUGCCCUUUCCGUCUCUGGGGAAGAAAACCAGCGGGCCGCUGUCGCGCUUGAACCAUGGCCUCCGGACGACGAGGCUGGGACAGCUCCCACGAGGAUGAUCUGCCCGUGUACCUGGCCAGGCCGGGAACCACCGACCAGGUCCCACGGCAGAAGUACGGCGGCAUGUUCUGCAACGUGGAGGGAGCCUUCGAGAGCAAGACGCUGGAUUUCGAUGCCCUGAGCGUGGGGCAGCGAGGCGCAAAGACUCCCCGGAGCAGCCAGGGCAGCGGCCGCGGCUCAGGGACCCGGCCCGGGGUCGAGGGGGACACCCCACGCAGAACCCAAGCCCGGGAGGAGAGCAGUGAGCCGGCGCCUGAGUCGCUCGAGCCCGCCGGGGUGGAGAUCCUGAGCGCCACAGGCAAGGAGGUGUUGCAGAACCUUGAUCCGGAGGACAAGAGUGACCGUCUCCUUAUCAAGGGAGGCCGAAUUGUCAAUGAUGAUCAGUCCUUCUAUGCUGACAUUUACAUGGAGGAUGGCUUGAUAAAGCAAAUUGGAGACAAUCUGAUUGUCCCUGGAGGAGUGAAGACCAUCGAAGCCAAUGGGAAGAUGGUGAUCCCUGGAGGCAUCGACGUCCACACUCACUUCCAGAUGCCGUACAAGGGAAUGACCACCGUGGAUGACUUCUUCCAAGGGACAAAGGCUGCCUUAGCAGGCGGCACCACCAUGAUCAUUGACCACGUGGUGCCGGAGCCUGAGUCUGGCCUGACGGAGGCCUAUGAGAAAUGGCGUGAGUGGGCUGAUGGGAAGAGCUGCUGUGACUAUGCCCUGCAUGUGGACAUCACCCACUGGAACGACAGCGUCAAGCAGGAAGUGCAGAACCUCAUCAAGGACAAAGGGGUUAACUCCUUCAUGGUUUACAUGGCCUAUAAGGAUUUAUACCAAGUGUCCAACACAGAGCUCUAUGAGAUCUUCACCUGCCUGGGAGAACUGGGAGCCAUUGCUCAAGUCCAUGCCGAGAAUGGAGAUAUCAUUGCCCAGGAGCAAACCCGGAUGUUGGAAAUUGGGAUAACUGGCCCCGAAGGACAUGUUCUAAGCAGACCAGAGGAGCUGGAAGCUGAGGCUGUGUUCCGUGCCAUCACCAUUGCCAGCCAGACCAACUGCCCCCUCUACAUCACCAAGGUCAUGAGCAAGAGUGCAGCUGAUCUCAUCUCACAAGCCAGGAAAAAAGGAAACGUGGUCUUUGGAGAGCCCAUUACUGCCAGCCUUGGUACAGAUGGAACUCAUUACUGGAGCAAGAACUGGGCCAAGGCGGCUGCAUUUGUGACAUCCCCGCCUCUGAGCCCUGACCCGACCACUCCUGACUACAUCAACUCCUUGCUAGCCAGUGGGGAUCUUCAGCUCUCUGGCAGUGCCCACUGCACCUUCAGCACUGCCCAGAAAGCCAUUGGGAAGGACAACUUCACUGCCAUUCCUGAGGGCACCAAUGGUGUGGAGGAGCGGAUGUCUGUCAUCUGGGACAAGGCCGUGGCCACUGGGAAAAUGGAUGAAAACCAGUUUGUGGCUGUGACAAGCACAAAUGCUGCCAAGAUCUUUAACCUGUAUCCCCGCAAGGGAAGAAUAUCUGUGGGUUCUGACAGCGACCUGGUCAUCUGGGAUCCAGAUGCUGUGAGGAUUGUCUCUGCCAAGAACCACCAGUCGGCUGCAGAAUAUAACAUCUUUGAAGGGAUGGAGCUGCGUGGGGCACCUCUGGUCGUCAUCUGCCAGGGCAAGAUCAUGCUGGAAGAUGGCAACCUACAUGUGACUCAAGGGGCAGGCCGCUUCAUCCCUUGCAGUCCAUUCUCCGACUAUGUCUACAAGCGCAUUAAAGCCAGGAGGAAGAUGGCGGACCUGCAUGCCGUCCCAAGGGGCAUGUACGAUGGGCCUGUGUUUGACCUGACCACCACCCCCAAAGGGGGCACCCCUGCGGGCUCUACCCGGGGCUCUCCCACUCGGCCAAAUCCACCUGUGAGGAAUCUCCACCAGUCCGGAUUUAGCCUGUCAGGCACCCAAGUGGAUGAGGGGGUCCGCUCGGCCAGCAAGCGCAUCGUGGCGCCCCCUGGAGGCCGUUCUAAUAUCACAUCCCUGAGUUAAGCAACCUCUCCCUGAAGAGAGGGGCAGAUGCAAGAAGAGAUUUUUUUCCAAGCCAAAAUGGUACACCAAUGUUUAAGAAGGAAAGCGAAUCCAAACGGCUGUGAUCUAAAGAAUCAAUAAGCCUCAAGCCUUAUGUUUCUCCAUGUUACGCUCGCUUGCCUAGCUUUACGAAUAUUGCUUUGUUUUCUGUUUAUGCAUAGCCUUGGUUUGUUUGACCCUCUCCCUCAUUUACAUGCAUGCAAUCAGACAGGCCACUAAGGUAAAAGAGUCUGCUAUAUUAUAGUGUUGAGAGCGUGUGUAGUGCUGCAUCUUAUGACAAGGGGACAGACAAAGCUGGGAUGUCAGGAAAAUGAACAAAAGGGACACAGAUUAUUUGGGGUGAGUGGGUGGUGGGAGCCCAGAGCAAGAUGGAGGGUGCAGAGGGCUAGGGUAGGGCGUGUAGAAGGGAGGUGGGUGGGCCAGUUGAGCUGACGGGGUAUUGUGUAUUGUGUCGAUGAAGCGUGUUUAUUUUCAUGAAAGGUGGUCACUUGUGGCAGCCCUUACUUUAUCACAGUGCCCCAGGGUCUGCAGAGAAAGCGGGGAUCUCUGGGUUCUGGACUUUGUCAUGUCCCUCCCUAGUAGAUUUUGUUCCUUUGAAUGCUAAUUAAAACGCCAAAACCCAACCAUUUCUUCCACCUGCUUGAUUAUGCCAGUGUUUGCUGGGGCCUCUUUCUCAAUGUUGCUUUCGAACCUUCUUUCCUGGUGGUGGGAAGGCCAGACUGGGAGAGAGCAAAUGACACUUCUCUUCCUCUAGUCCUUUCUGUCUCUUUGGUGCUCUUGAUAAGUAGUAGCUGAGAGCAAAGCACAGGUCUUCAGCAUGGAGGGCCGCAGAAACCUAAGUUCACUUCCCUAUAGACAUGGGAAAAGUCACCUCUCCACAGACGAGAAGAGCAUGCGUCUGGCAUCCUGAGACCAGAUUUUAGCUUGCGUGGGGCAGAAUGAAGGGCCUCUCUUGGCAGCAGUGAGUGAUGCUCUUGAUCUCCUGAGAUCAGGCACAGCAUGACUAAAAAGGAGUUAUUCACUAACUUUCACUAUGAAGAGGUAAUCUCAGCUUAUGUGGGAGUCAAGCAGGGAUUUGAGAAAGCCAGUCUGGAGCAGAGGGAGCUCAUUACAUAACUUGGUUCCAUUUUUCAAUUCUAAACCAUCUAUUUCCUCUUCCAUUAGCUGAUCCUUGGGGGGGACUUUUAGUUUCGGUACUAAAAUCUCUGAGGUGAGUGGAAGUGACGUGACAUGGCCUUCCUGAUGGUACACAUAAAAGAAAGUAGCACCAAUGUGUCCAUUUCCUCUAUCAGGCCACCUCUGAAAACUCAGUGAUGGACCAAGUUCUAUGAGCAAGGCAAGGAUGUACAGAACUGAGAGACCCUUAUGCAGGAAGAAAAUAUUCAACCUGGGAUCCAACUUCCAUGCCGUGGGGAAUACAGCUGGUAGAACCCAUAACUCUGUGUACUAAGUACUUUGAAGAGAAGAGCAGGCCUCAGACACCUUUUCAGUGCUUAGGAGAAACCAUUACCUCUGACUGCA